AUGACUACUAAUGUGCCCAAGGUAUAUGCCUUCCAUGAUUUUUCAGAUGUUGCUAUAGCUGUUGCUGAUUACGUUGUUUACGCUCAAAACCAUGCAUUGACAGUGAAGAAUAAAAAUGAUAGGAAACAUUCAAAUACAAGUUUAAACAGUAUCAAUAGUGCUGUUGCGGCAGAGCCUUCUCAAAACACUAUCCCAUCAACUGCUACUCAUCCAGUUCAUUUGAAGAAAAAUAAAAGCCAUACUCUGCUGAAUCAUGGUGUUCAUGAUCAAACAGGCAAUGCAGCGGCCCCUAUGAAGAAUUAUUCAAAUAUAAACAUAGAGAGAGAGAAAGAAAAGGACAACAGCAGGGACAAUAAAGAGAGUCCUUUGAAUGUCGUUAAAGAGAAAAGAUUUAGAAUUGCCUUGUCAGGUGGUUCUUUAAUACAAGUGUUGCAUGAAGGUCUUUUGAAAAGAGAUGAUGUUCAAUGGGGUAAAUGGGAUAUAUAUUUUGCUGAUGAAAGAUUAGUACCAUUUGAUUCAGAAAAUAGUAACUAUGGUCUUGCAAAAAGGAAGAUUUUCGAUUUGAUUGAUACAAAGAAGUAUGGUAAACCAAAAGUUUACCAUGUUAAUGAAAAAUUAAUUAAAGAUCCUCAAGAAUGUGCUGAUAAUUACGAAAAAAUCCUAAUCAAAGGUUUUGCAGGAAGAGAUUCCGUUAAAUUGCCAAUGUUCGAUUUGUUCUUAUUAGGUUGUGCCCCAGAUGGCCAUAUAGCAUCUCUUUUCCCAAACUUUCAAGAAACUCUACGUGAAAAAUUGGCUUGGGUCGUCCCUGUGGAAGGAGCCCCAAGUGGUCCAUCAAAUAGAAUUUCAUUGACAAUCCCCGUGAUUUGUCAUUCUCACAGAGUAGCAUUUGUUGUGGAAGGUUCAACAAAAGCCCCUGUAUUGAAGACAAUUAUGGAAAGACCAGAAAAAGGUCUACCAAGUAGUAUAGUCAAUGAGGGUGCUGCUGGGCGUGUUUCAUGGUUUGUAGAUAACGAUGCUCUUUCUGAUGUUUUUGUAACAAAAAAAGCAUAUAAAUUUAGAUCUGCUCAAAAAGUAACAGUAGGCUAA